UGUGAAAUUUGUUUCCGCGGCCUACAUUGCAACUCAGCGAGAACCUCUAAUAGACUGGCUUAUCCUUUUUGCCUUUGAAGUGGGGGUUAUCUGUCAGGAAGUCUCGAUGGCGUAUCUAUAUCCCCGGUUUAAAUCCAUUUAACAUUUAACUAAGCAGCCCCAACAUGGACAGCAAUGAAUUUCGCAAAAGAGGUGCCGAAAUGGUCGAAUAUAUUUGUCAAUAUCUGGAGACUCUAAAUGAGAGGCGCGUUACGCCAAGUGUGGAGCCAGGAUAUUUACGCCAUUUAUUGCCAGCUGAGGCCCCCCAUGAACCGGAGGAUUGGGACAAAAUAAUGAUGGAUGUCGAAGAUAAAAUCAUGCCAGGUGUCACCCACUGGCAGCAUCCCAGAUUCCAUGCCUAUUUCCCGGCGGGCAAUUCAUUUCCCUCCAUCUUGGGUGAUAUGCUGGGCGAUGGCAUCGGUUGCAUUGGCUUCUCGUGGGCCGCCAGUCCGGCCUGUACGGAGCUGGAGACAAUUGUGUUGGAUUGGUUGGGCAAAGCAAUUGGUUUGCCGGAUCAUUUUUUGGCAUUGAAAGAGGGCAGCACGGGUGGUGGUGUUAUACAGACAUCUGCCUCUGAAUGCAUUCUGGUCUCGUUGUUGGCUGCCCGUGCCCAAGCCAUAAAGCGCCUGAAGUCACAACACCCCUUCGUCGAGGAAUGCCUUUUGCUGUCGAAACUAAUGGCCUAUUGUUCCAAGGAGGCCCAUAGUUGUGUGGAGAAAGCUGCCAUGAUCUCAUUUGUAAAGCUGCGCAUCUUGGAACCCGACGAGAAUGCCAGUUUGAGGGGAGAAACACUGAGACAGGCCAUGGAGGAGGAUGAACUGCAAGGAUUUGUUCCGUUUUUCGUGUCGACCACCUUGGGCACCACCGGAUCCUGCGCCUUCGACAAUUUGUACGAAAUCGGACAAGAAUUGAAGAACUUCCCCGGUGUUUGGCUGCAUGUGGAUGCCGCCUAUGCUGGCAAUUCAUUCAUUUGCCCCGAAUUAAAGCCGCUGUUGAAGGGUAUUGAAUUUGCCGACUCAUUCAACACCAAUCCCAACAAAUGGCUCUUGACAAAUUUCGACUGUUCAACGUUGUGGGUAAGAGAUCGUAUCCGUUUGACGUCGGCACUGGUCGUGGAUCCGCUGUAUCUCAAGCAUGGCUAUUCGGAUGCCGCCAUUGACUAUCGCCAUUGGGGAGUACCGCUGAGUCGACGUUUCCGUUCGCUGAAAUUGUGGUUUGUCUUACGCUCCUAUGGAAUUUCCGGCCUACAGAAGUACAUUCGCCAUCACAUCGAUUUGGCCAAACGAUUCGAACAACAUGUCCUCAAGGAUAAACGAUUUGAAGUGUGCAAUCAAGUGAAGCUUGGUUUGGUCUGUUUCCGUUUGCUGGGCUCCGAUAAGUUAAAUGAAAAACUUCUCAGCGCCAUCAAUGAAUCCGGCAAACUGCACAUGGUCCCGGCCUGUGUCAACGAGAAAUAUAUCAUCCGGUUCUGUGCUGUGGCACAAAAUGCCACCGAAGAGGACAUCGAUUAUGCCUGGGAGACCAUUGUGGACUUUGCCAACGAGAUCCUGGAGAAGGAGCAACACGAUGAGCUAUCCGAAAUUAUCAAUCAAAAGAAGACGCACACGCUGGAGAAGAAACGUUCGUUCUUCGUGCGUAUGGUCAGUGAUCCGAAGAUUUAUAAUCCGGCCAUAAAUAAGGCGGGCACGCCCAAGGUGUCGUUGGAUAUGGCCUCACCGGUGGCCGCGAGGGGCAGUAAUCCGGUCAUACGCACCCAGUCGUCGAUUGAUCACAACUCAUGGAUAUCGUGGCCAUUGGCGUUUUUGUUCAACAGCAAUGAUGACAAUGGUCAGAAGAGUAAUGUAUCGUUGCGCUUCCGCCACUUGGAUACAAAUGUCCGACCCUCGUCGUCACGCCGCAAUUCCGGUGCCGGCUCCUCACCCUCGCCCGAGGCAGACCAUGCCGCCAGCAGUGUGGUGAAUAUCAUCAAAUCGCCCAAGAAGUCACCCAAUCUGAUGCGCAAAGGCCUCUCCAGUAAUGCCACUAAUUCCAAUUCCAAUAAUCAAAAAUAAAUGAUUCAAAUCUAGUUUUCACAGGCAUCUCGGAUCGGACCUGGUUGAGAUAAAAAAAGACAAAUGUGGCAAAAAAAAAAAAAAAAAAUACAAAACAAUUUUUCUCCUUAAAAUUUAAAUCGAAAAAAAAAAAUUAAAUCAAAAGUAUCAUGGCUUGAAAUUACUUAACAACAAAUAAAAAGUGAAAAGUUAGAAAAACAAUUCCAAAACACUCACACAUUCCCAUCAACUAUUUCACACACAGCAACACUGACAAGGUAUGUGGGGAUAAUUAUUUCGGGGGAGUCGAAAGAAAAUAUCCUUCUGGACAUUCGCUGCUAUCCGUA